AUUCGAAAUCCGCCGAGCGAGCGGGAAAAAUAUUUAGUUUAAUCCCCAAGCAAAAUGCUACUCCCAAAUCAAAUCAAUCAAUUCAAAUCGAAACUGCAAAGGCGAGGCGAGCACCAGGCACCAGCGACCGGAUCCCCUCCUCCUCCAUCGUCGCCGACCUUGCCGCCGCCAGCAAGCAAGGGCCGGGAGCCGCCGCCCUCCAUCACUCCACAGCACACCAGCGACCAGAUCCCCUCCUCCUCAAUCGCAAGCAAGGGAUUGGGGAGCCGCUGCCCAUACCUUGGCCGCCCUCUGCUUGUGCAGUGGAUUGGGCAUCGAUUCGUACGGGAAUCGAUCAACUUUGUCUUUCCUUUCGUGGGAAGGAAGGAUCCAUCCGUUCGCCCCUGAUUGCAAUCCGAGAUGGGGAUAGAGGAUUACCAUGUCAUCGACCUCGUCGGGGAGGGCUCCUUUGGCAAGGUUUACAAGGGCAGGCGCAAGUACACUCGCCAGACGGUUGCGAUGAAGUUCAUUCUUAAGCAUGGGAAGACCGAUAAGGAUUUACACAACCUUAGGCAGGAGAUUGAGAUCCUCAGGAAACUCAAACAUGAGAACAUAAUUGAAAUGAUCGAUGCUUUUGAAACCCCUCAGGAGUUUUGUGUUGUCACGGAGUUUGCUCAGGGAGAACUGUUUGAGGUGCUCGAGGACGAUAAAUGCCUUCCAGAAGAACAAGUUCAGGCGAUUGCUAAGCAGCUGGUAAAAGCAUUGUAUUACUUGCAUUCCAAUCGUAUUAUUCACCGGGAUAUGAAACCUCAGAACAUCCUUAUCGGGAAAGGAUCUAUUGUAAAGCUCUGCGACUUCGGGUUUGCUCGUGCCAUGUCAGCUAACACUGUUGUAUUACGCUCCAUAAAAGGGACCCCCUUAUAUAUGGCUCCAGAACUUGUGAGGGAACAACCAUAUAACCACACAGCUGACUUAUGGUCCCUUGGGGUUAUCUUGUAUGAACUGUUUGUUGGACAGCCCCCUUUUUAUACAAAUUCAGUCUAUGCACUCAUACGGCAUAUUGUCAAGGAUCCUGUUAAAUAUCCAGAUAACAUGAGUGCAAACUUUAAGAGCUUCCUUAAGGGUUUACUAAACAAGGUGCCUCAAAGUAGAUUAACCUGGCCAGCAUUGCUGGAGCACCCAUUUGUGAAAGAUGAUUCAAUGGCAUCAGCAGCUGAUACUCGAACUGCACCUUUUGAAGUUAAAAGAUCAGAGGAUACUCGGAAAACAGAAGAAAUCCAAACAUCAAGGAACCAGCCUUCCCCAGAUGAUCCACAAACAGGUAGAAUUACUGCUACCAAUGGGGAAAAUGCCUCUGAUAAACCAAAAGGCAACAGAAAACUAGAUGUUCCUAUGCAAGCUACCCAGGACCAUCAUGGUUCAUCUACUGGUGCUGUUCCUGAAAGCUGCUCUCCCUCAGAGUGUACUGCUUUGGAUAAACUGGAAAAAGCUUCGCAAACAGUUAAAGGUGCAAACAACAUUGUUGAAGACAGUGAAGCACUGUCAACCGUUAUCAGCCCCAUCAAAACUUGGCUGACUAAUCCUCCAAGCUCACCCAGGGAACUGAACAUUGAUGGAGCAAACCAGUCACUCAGAAUUAUUAAAAACUUAAUUGAUGCCGGGUCAUGUCAAUCUUAUGCAGCAAUUGACAUCUGUAUGCUUCUUGAAUUUACAAAUCUCAUUAUCAGAACGAAGCUUUCAGAUGCUUAUGGCCUUGUAGUGAAGUGCCUGGCAAUUGCACGAAAACUGCUGGAUACAAAUGAUGAAAUUAUUUUAAGUUCUUAUGACAGCCACUGGUGCUCUCUGUAUGAGCUUUAUUCACAGAUCCUGGUUUCUACAGUGGAUCCAUCUGGAAGAAUUUCUCGUGAGUCAACUGCCUGCCUUGCUCUGAUGUUAUCCCGGGUUAUCUCUGGGUUGAAAGCAGGUAUGUCAUCCGAAGGCCCAAAGGCAGUUGAUGAAAGUCUCAUCAAGAUUAUUGAUCACGCAAGGAGGUCGCAGUUACUGGAGCUCUUGUGUGAAUGCCUGAUAGCUUCAGGUUCAGACAUAAUAUCAGGUUCUACGAACAUGGUACCUGCUGCAUGUGAGGCAUGCAAGGCUAUUUGGUAUCUAGCUCAUGCUGUUGACAUUAUGUCCCUUAGUGCACACCAUUUUUCAUUUCCCUUAGCUAACUCAUGGCGACAAAUUCACUCUAUGCAAGAGCAAGGUUCAAUGGCAGAUUCAAAUUCUACCAAUCUGAUAAACAUAUUUGUCAAAUCAUUUCUGGCCUCACGACCGAUGCAAGUUGCAGUUUACCACUGCUUGCAUAAUGGUCUAGAAUCAGCUAUUCAUGCUUGCCUCCAGCUUAUCUCAAGGGCAUGUCUGCAGAAUGUUCCUUUCUGUGCCAUCAUUUGCCGUCCAUGGAAUUCACCAUCUGAUGUGGAUGGAGUAGAAUACGGUGGAGAUGGAACAAUUGUGUCUGAUAUGUUUUCGUUAUUGUCACUGUGUGGAUCAUGUUUAAAUAAGGAAUCCAAGCAGAAUAGCAAUCAGAAAUGCAAGCUAUCCAACCCUCAUGCCCUGGCAGUGCAUUGCUGCCUUGCAUUAGCAACAAUAGCUGCAUGUCUGAAGUCAGAGGGGGAGUUUUCAGCAUCGGUUAUCCUAACAAGUUCCCAGAAAAAACAGCGGUCCCGGCUCUCAGUUCUUGCACACCUCUCAUCAGUUGAUGAUACAGUCAAGAGUUGCCUGCAGCCACACUGUGCAUCUGCAAUGCUCGCACUCUCGUCACUUGUUUCACUUGAAAAUGGAGGUCAUACCAGAUCUUCUCUUUGUGAGACCGCCCUUGCUUUGUUUCCUCGUAUGGCAACACUGCACACACUGCUGAAGCUUUGGUUAUCUGAUGGAAGCGAGGCACUUUGUCGAUAUAAUGCUGGCCUUCUGAAUCUUUUUGGACUCCGUGAUGGAAGUAUUGGGCUGUUAGAGACAAGAUUGAAAUGGGGUGGUCCAUUGGCCAUCGAACAAGCCUGCUCAGUUGGCAUCCCACAGCUCCUUAUCCGCUUGCUUACAGAUGGUUUCUCCAAAGAGACAUCUGACGGGAAAGAUGGUUCAAUGAGCCGCAGUGGGUUGUCUCCUCUGGGAGUUGUCUGGACUCUUUCUGCUUUAUCUCAAUGCCUUCCUGGUGGGGUUUUCCGUGAAAUUUUGUAUAGAAGGGAGCACUUAAAGCUCUUAACUGACUUGUUAUCUGAUAAACACCUCAAGGCAUUGGCAGCCUGGACGGGUCUUGGUGGUGGGAAGAGGGGAGUUCGAGAACUGAUAAACUCAGUUGUUGAUAUCUUGGCAUUCCCAUUUGUUGCUGUGCAGAGUUCUCCAAACAUGCCAUCAGCAUCUGCAUCCAUCAAUAGUGGCUUCCUGCUUAACGUUGCAUCGCCUGGUGGACGAAUUGGUACUGAGAAUAAGGAAAUGCUGAAAACUAUCGAGCAAAACAUGCCUCAGUACAUUCAAGUUCUGCUAGAGGUUGGUAUUCCUGGAUGUAUGCUUCGCUGUCUUGACUAUGUUGGCUUGGAAGAUCUAGCUAGGCCCUUGGCCAUUGUGGCCAAAAUGGCAGGCUACCGGCCGCUUGCUUUGCAGCUUCUUAAAGAAGGCCUUCUAUAUCCUAGUAGAGUAGCAGGAUUACUUGAGGGUCCUAUUGCAAAGGAGACUUUGCUUGAUUUCCUUAUGAUUGUUUCUGACCUUGCUCGGAUGUCAAAGGAUUUUUAUGUACCCAUUGAUAAAGCUGGCCUUGUUGGAUUUCUGAAGAGCUACUUGUCUAAUGAUGAUCCUGAUAUAAGAGCAAAAGCAUGCAGUGCCAUCGGCAACAUGUGUCGCCACAGCUCCUACUUUUAUAGUCCACUUGCAGCAAAUAAGGUGAUCCAGCUCGUGGUUGACAGAUGUUCCGAUCCUGACAAGCGCACACGGAAGUUUGCAUGUUUUGCUGUUGGCAACGCUGCUUAUCAUAAUGACAUGCUGUAUGAAGAACUAAGACGGUCCAUACCUCAACUGACUACGUUACUUCUUGGUCCUGAGGAGGAUAAAACCAAAGGCAAUGCUGCAGGUGCUCUCAGUAAUCUAGUGAGGAACUCUGACAUACUUUGUGAAGAUAUUGUCUCCCAAGGUGCAAUUCAGGCGCUGCUGAAGAUGGUGGGCAGUUACUCUACUGUUGCGCUGAGCCCCAGCAGGCGUGAUGCUCUUACUGAAUCGCCGCUAAGAAUCGUGCUCUUCGCCCUGCGCAAGAUGUGCGACCACGCCAUCUGCAGGAACUUCCUGCGAUCUUCAGAGCUGCUCCCAGUCAUUGUUCACCUGCGGCAGUCACCCGAUCCAACGAUUUCCGAGUACGCUUCUGCCAUCGUGAGCAGAGCGUGCCAGGCUUGACGGUUCUCCAGGCUGUUGUACACAGGGCAUGAUCAUGCCAGAGUCCCAAAUCUCUAGUUGCUGGAGUCGUGAUGUAGUAUACGGUCUUACAGAUCAAGUUGUCCACAAGACUUUUGCCAAUCUAGUCAGGUUAUGUUCUUGAUCCA